AUGAAAGCUGGGCCUGCGCUGCCGCAGGCGGUGGUGCGGCUGACGGCGUGGGGCGGGUGGUCCAAGGCCGAGGCCGAGGCGGCGGCCGAGGCCGGGACGGAGAUCGAGCCGCUGGAGAUGGGCUCGUGGAUGGUGGUGACCGACGAGACGAUCCAGGGCAGCUCACGGGCGACGGCCGAGGCGGUGGCUGGGGACGGGCCUGGAUAUGAGGCGCAUGUUGUGUUUAAGGGCGAGCUGUCGACGACGCCGGCGCCCGGGUACGAUCGGUCGGGCUUUGCCUCGUUCCGGACGGUGCCGGGAACAACGGUCCCGUCGCUCGAGUACUACGACGCGUUUGAAAUUGUGUGCCGCGGCGAUGGGCGGCCAUACCAGUUUAACGUCGGCUGCGAGUCUGUGGUGCCGGAUGAUCUGCACCAGGCAGCGCUGCCGACCCAUGAGGCCAGCGCUGCUGCUGACUGGGCCGUCGUCCGCAUCCCCUUUGACGCGCUCAUCAUGACCUGGCGCGGCUUUGUCCAGGUUGAGCAGCUGAAGCUCGACUCGCGGCGGAUCACAUCGCUCGGCUUUACGCUCGCCGAUGGCGUCGACGGCCCGUUCGAGCUCGCCAUCCGCGACAUCCGCGCCAUCCGCAUGGCUGACGCCGACGCCGACGCCGGCGAUGCUGCUGCUGCUGGUGGUGGCGUCGAUUGACGAGGGUGAAGGCGAGGCUGCGUGCAAGUAGAUGUGUUGGGGCGGGGUGAGGCGGGGUGAGGCGGGGUUAAGCCGCGUCACCGAAGCCGAGCCUGGCGAAGCAUGGCUCGGCUGCUGUCGAUGCAGCGUGAUGGAAUGGAGAUGGAUGGGUGAUGGACUGAACUCAAUGAAAGAGGGGCC